UGUUUGUAUAUUAUUAGUUUAUUCCACUGUAUGUUCUGUUCAACAAAGAAUAAAGAAUUUGUUAAAAGAGUGAGACCUCUUGCUUUGCUCUGCAGAGGGCAGCUUGCUCAUGUCUGGAAAGUAACUCCAAACCCGCGAAAGAUCUCGCGAGAGUGCUCACCUGCACACAACCCAUGAUCUUUCCCUAUCCUUAAUUAAUUGAUUUUGUGCCUUAACCUAAGCAGACCCUUAUCAAAGCGCUGUUACAUACAAAACACAAUCAUUUAGAAGAAGAAGAAAAAACAAGAAAAAACGAAUACAAAUCUCGCGACAGUUGCGUGCGUGACUUUAGGUUGAGUAACAAUCUACAUACGACCGGGGCAGCUUCCUCGGGGUCUCUGUUGCGUGACUUCAGGCACUGUAUUCCUCCCUCCAUCUCUCAGACCCACAAGCAGCAUCAUGUUUGCCGUCAGAAACGUUCUCCGCCUCAGCUCCAGACUAUCCAUCCCCGCCGUGGCACGAAGGGGAUGCGCCGGGGCUACCAUCCCGGUGGACGAUGUAGUGAAUGGACUCACCGAAGAUCAGAUACAGCUUAGGCAGACGGUUCGUAAAUUCUGUGCAGAAAAACUUGCACCUUAUGCUGAUGAGAUCGACAAGAGCAAUGAAUUUCCAGGAAUGCGGGAUUAUUGGAAAGAUAUGGGAGAGAUGGGACUCCUUGGGAUCACUGCUCCAGAGGAAUAUGGGGGCACAGGAUUGGGCUACCUAGAUCACGUCAUUGUUAUGGAGGAAAUGUCACGAGUGUCAGCGGCCGUUGCUCUUAGUUACGGUGCCCAUUCUAACCUCUGUGUCAAUCAGAUGGUGCGCCACGGAAAUGAGAAACAGAAGGAGAAGUACAUGCCAAAGUUAAUGACAGGGGAGCAUGUAGGAGCCCUGGCCAUGAGUGAGCCCAACGCUGGGUCGGAUGUCGUGUCUAUGAAACUGAAAGCCCAGAAGAAAGGCGACUACUAUGUUCUGAAUGGAAACAAGUUCUGGAUCACAAACGGGCCAGAUGCCGACGUCCUUAUUGUUUAUGCCAAGACAAAUCCUGAGGCCCAUCAAAAAGGCAUCACAGCUUUCAUUGUUGAAAAGGGAAUGCCAGGAUUCUCCACAGCACAGAAGCUCGACAAACUCGGCAUGAGGGGAUCCAACACGUGCGAGCUGAUCUUUGAAGACUGCAAAGUCCCAGAGAAGAAUAUCCUGGGUCCGUUGAACAAAGGUGUUUAUGUGAUGAUGAGUGGCCUAGAUCUGGAGAGGCUCGUCCUCUCAUCAGGACCUAUUGGCAUCAUGCAGGCAGUUUUGGACUUUUCGGUUCCUUACCUACAUGUCAGAGAAGCUUUCGGACAGAAGAUUGGACACUUUCAGCUAAUGCAAGGCAAGAUGGCUGACAUGUACACCAGGUUGAGCUCCUGUCGACAGUAUGUGUACAACGUUGCCCGGGCUUGUGACAAGGGACACUUCAGUGCAAUGGACUGUGCUGGAGUGAUUCUGUAUUGCGCUGAAAACGCCACUCAGGUUGCUUUGGAUGGCAUUCAGUGUUUGGGUGGUAAUGGCUACAUCAACGACUACCCCAUGGGACGUUUUCUGCGCGAUGCAAAGCUUUAUGAAAUCGGUGCAGGCACAAGUGAAGUACGUCGGCUCAUCAUUGGACGAUCCUUCAACGCCAUGUUCAAAUAGGCCAAACUGAGAAAAUCUCUAAAGACUGAUUGAGCUGUUUGCCGUGAAUGAACACACAGUUACUCACACACAGGGCCUUACAUCGUAUGAAAUGUUGCUGCUUUUGGGAUGUUGUCGGGUUUUCGUAUGUUUCAGAAUCUGUCACCUCGGAUUUUAAUUCAUAUAUAAUAUACAUGAAAUCAUUCUGUAGAGAUAACAGUUACUGAAAGGUUAACAGUUACUGACAGGCAAAACAAGUGAAAUGAUGAUUUAGUAUGUUAAGUGGCCUAAUGUCAUUUUGUUUUUCAUAUCAGGCUGACUCAGUCACUUGAUAACCACUGAAAUGCCAAUAAAGCAAUAAAGCUA